AUGUGGACGACUACCAGCGGCUUGAGUGGUCGGUCGCUCCGGUUGAGCGUCACCUUUGCCGCUGUCAUGGGGUUCUCUCUCUUUGGCUACAAUCAGGGCAUGAUGGCAGGCCUUCUCAACGGCGACGAGUUUGUUAACUCCUUUCCAAUCCUCAAAAUGCCCGACAAUCCGACUGGGGCGCAGAAACACUACGUCGAUGUCAUCCGCGGUGCUGUCACAUCCUGCUAUGAGAUUGGCUGUUUCUUCGGCGCGUUAUUCUCCAUGUUCUUUGGCAACAGACUAGGCCGCACUCGUCUGAUCUUCAUGGGAGCCAGUGUCCUGAUCGUUGGCGCCCUGAUUACAACGGUCUGCUUCACUGGUAAUUGGGAAGUUGGCCAGUUCGUCAUUGGCCGUGUGGUAUCGGGCAUUGGAAAUGGCAUGAACACGGCCACGAUCCCGGUCUGGCAAUCGGAAUGCUCCGGCGCUCACAAUCGUGGCUUCCUAGUCUGUUUUGAGGGAGCGAUGAUCGCCGGUGGCACGUUUAUUGCCUACUGGGUUGUCUUCGGCAUCUCGCACGCCGCGGAUUCUGUCCAGUGGCGAUUCCCUGUGGCGCUCCAGAUCCUUUUCGCUCUGGUUGUGGCCACCGGUGCCUUGAUGCUCCCGGAUUCCCCAUCGUGGUUUGUAAUGAGAGGACUUGACAAGGAGGCUUGUGAAGUUCUCGGUAAACUCAAGGGCGCAUCCCCUGAUUCCGAUGAAGUACUUCACGACUACAACCUCUUGAAAACGGACAUGGAAGCCUCAACGAGCGUGCAGUCAAACUGGAAGUUAGUAUUCACAUUUGGCAAAACCCAGGAAUUCCAGCGCCUUCUUAUCGGGUGCUCUGGUCAGUUCUUCCAGCAGUUUACUGGCUGUAACGCUGCUAUCUACUACUCGACAUUGCUCUUCCAAGAGAACCUGCAUAUGGAAAAAUAUCUGUCGCUAAUCAUGGGCGGAGUAUUCGCGACUGUUUACGCCCUUGCCACUAUCCCGUCCUUUUUCAUGAUUGAAAAAGUCGGCCGUCGAAAACUAUACUUAAUUGGUUUUCUAGGCCAGGGGCUUAGCUUCGUUAUUACGUUCGCUUGCCUAAUCAAGGAAACCGAGGAGAAUUCUAAGGGUGCUGCUGUUGGCAUCUUUCUCUUCAUCACUUUCUUUGCAUUCACUCUCUUGCCACUACCCUGGAUCUACCCACCAGAGAUCAACCCCCUCCGUACCCGCACCGUGGGCGCGGCGGCAUCAACCUGUACCAACUGGAUCUGUAACUUUGCCGUGGUCAUGUUCACACCGCUUUUCGCUGGCCAGAGCCCAUGGGGUGUUUAUCUCUUCUUCGCACUAUUUAACUUUGUCGGUUUGAUAUUCGGCUACUUCUUCUAUGUUGAGACCGCCGGCCGUGAGAUUGAGGAGGUCGACAUCAUCUACGCCAAAGCCCAUAUCGAAGGGAAGAUGCCGUUCAGGGUCGCCCACGACAUGCCGAAGCUCAGCUUCGACCAGAUCAUCCAACAGUCUCGCGAGCUGGGCUUGGAUACCAACGACCAUGGCAUGCCUGAGAGGAAGGAGCUUGGCCUCAGCAGUGACAGUGGCCAGGAAACCGAGGAGGUCCACGAGAAGCAGUAA